CCAACCACAACUUCGCAGAUUCCGUACUCGUAACUGGAUAUUGAUCCUCGUAAAGUCGCAGAUGUGCAGCAUAUUCGCCUCCAGGCAGCUGUUCUUCGACCACUCUUCUUGUGAAUGAGGCUUCUAGGGUUGUUUGCCGUCUCGGCUCUGGCUUAAUGUCCAAUUUCCUUCGGUGCCCAACUUCCUUCCCAGUGUGAUCUACACAUUCUGAACAGCGACACCUCAACACUUGCAAAAAUCUCUGGUCAGGUACAAGUCGACGACAAUAUGCCUGCUCCUCCUCCACCGCCGCCCCCGCCGCCGCCUCCCCCAGGGAUGGGAGGGCCCCCUCCUCCUCCACCUAUGCCGGGGGCAUCUCUUCCUGCGGCUCCUCCCAAAUCAGUCGCGAAAGGCCGGAACGCUUUAUUGACAGAUAUAACGAAGGGAGCAAGACUGAAAAAGGCUGUCACAAAUGAUCGCUCCGCACCGUUGCUCGACAAGAAAUCUGGGGGCGGAGGAGGCCCUAUAGCAGGAGCACCGCCUGUUCCUGGCAUGGGAAUGAAAGCCCCGGGUGGUCUGGCACCCCCUGUGCCCGGCGGAAAUCGAGCUAGAAGCAACAGUGACACGGGUUCGGAUGCAACAGCGAGCUUAGGAGGUGCUCCUCAACUAGGAGGCCUUUUUGUAGGAGGCAUGCCAAAGUUGAAAAAGACUCGGGGAGGCAUUGACACUGGUGCUGGACUUGAUGGUCAUCAUUCGGACUCGGAGACGACACAACCAUCUGCUCCUCGAAUUCCCUCGGGCGCGGCACCUCGACCACCAUCAAUGCCUGCUCCUCCGAUCCCAGGCGGCAGACCUCCUUUCCCACCGUCAAUAGAUUCUGCACCGGUAGUGCCCAGUCCACUUGCACAUCUUAAAAAGCCUCCGCCAAAGCCGUUAUCAAAACCAUCGUCAGUGGCAAAUCUGGUUGCUGGAAAACCUCCGCCGCCGCCUCCAGCGUCUCGCAAAGUGAGCACUGCUACUGCACCGCCUGCACCACCUCCGCCUCCGCCUCCAUCUUCCAGUCCAGCUCCUCCUUCAGCGCCCCCUCCACCGCCGUCAAUAAGUCCAGCACCUCCAGCGCCGCCUCCGCCACCUCCAGCGUCAAGCUAUGCGCCUCCGGCGCCACCUCCACCUCCUCCUACAAUAAGCCCUGCACCACCAUCAGCUCCACCGCCGCCUCCUUCAGCAAGUCCAGCUGCACCGCCGCCUCCUCCCCCUCCGCCACCACCCAACAGCGCACCUUCCCUUGCGCCUCCGCCGCUAUUACCACCCUCUGUGUCUCCAGGACCGCCGUCCAGAUCUACACCUCCUCCGCCUCCACCAGGACCGCCACCACCACCUACUUCGCCUCCAGCAACAAACGGCGCUGGGUCAUCAUUUGCAUUGCAGGCAGCAGCUACUGCCUUUGGGCGGAAAUCUUCAUAUGGCGCGCCCGACGCCCCUCCUUCUCCUUCAUCGCCAGCCAUUUCACCUCCACCUUCCCGAGGAAUAUCUCAGCUUCCGUCACGAUCAACAUUAGAUGCGAGUUCCUACACGCUAUCCAAUGGCAACUCGCUGGGAUCUCCAGGUCGAUCCGGGUCGUUCAGAGUGGAAGACAACAGAUGGAGAUUUCAAGACGAAAGUCAGCUACCUGCACCACGGAAUUUUACAGGGGUGCCCAAGAGGUAUAGGGCAGGAAGAGGUAGUAGCGUUCCACUUGAUCUUGCCCAGUUUGAAUGAUGGUACCAUGACCCUCUCCACGAAAACCGCCAGUCUACAUUUUGAUGCUCAGUUCUUGGAUUCUUGACGAGGCACGCUGUUUCGCUGCAUGCUGGCAUUGGGAAACGCAAAAUGUUGAAAGUCGAUCAAGAAAUGCGCUGGUGCAUGCGGCAGUCGCCAGAAUCGCGUGUUGGGUAAGGAGACUAUAGACAGGAGGCACCCAACAAAACAGGUAUGAGCAGUCUGCAAAAUGUUUCCUAGCCUGGGCUGUACGAUAGCGGCAGAGGAAGGAGAAUAGCUAGGCACAGGUAUAUUUUUCUUUCCCUGAAUGGGCGAACCAUAGCAAAUGGUGGGAUGAAUUAAGUACCAGAUUGAAGUGAGCAAUAUUUUGGCGUGUUUCCCAAAGCUUUCUACCUUACUCUUCUAUUCAGUCAAUGGCAGUAUUCAGUGAAGUACUUAUAUCCCUUUCUUCAUGUAUCCUCACCGCAUUAUUGACCCAACUUUUCAAUUCCUUAUCCCCAUCAAAAAUUGUCCCCAUUCUUCCUGUCCUUCUU